AUGUCCCCCGUCAUACCCAAUUUGAACAAUAUGGAAACGUUGAUCCCCUUUCUGGGAGAAUAUACCCAAACGGGGAAAUUAGAACGACAGAUCAAAGCUUCAGACACGAUAACUUCCAUCGAGAAAUCUCUCAUCCCACUUUUAGACAAGAUGAGACAAGCGGAUUUGGUGGAUACAGACGAAAUUUUGGCUUGUAGAGAAUUCGAUAUUUCUUUAUUAUCUUCAGAAGAUUUGAACAGAAUGACAGCUGGUCUGUUAUAUAUCCUAGAGAUGAGAUUGAAAACGGUCAAAAGAGGAACACAAGCUUCAGAUAUAGUCUAUAACGAUGCUUCAAGAUUAUGUCAAAUAGCAGAUACCACCCAAUUAGUCUUAUGUCAAAAACAAGUUGUCAAUUUUGUCAAUGCUUUCUACAAUUUCCUUGAAUCUACCCCUUUAUCUGUUAUUGAACCUUUAUCAAAUCUCAUACAAAAUCAUCCUCCAAAUGUUUUGACUCCGAUCCAUCAUAUCUUUCUCGAAGCUUGUCUCUCUGCUAGAUUAAAUGACAAUUUCGACAUAGCAAUGCCAAUAAUCAAUCAUAUAUAUCUAGAUACCAAACUCUGUCAUCCUACAUAUCUCGACGUGAUUUCAUUUUACCAUCACGCGGGUCUUAUCUGCGCGGCUAGACAAGAAUUCUCAAAAGCCGUAGGACUUUUCAAUGUGGCAGUGACUAUACCAACAUCUGCAGCUUCGGCUAUACAAUUGGUUUCUGCGAAAAGGGCAAUUUUAUGUAAUUUGUUAAGUACCGGAAAGAAAUUACAUUUCCCAAGAUAUACUUCCUCAGCAGUCACUCGAUUAUUAGAACGGUAUGCUCAACCAUACGAAAGGAUCUCUAAAUCUUUCGAUGAAGAAGAUUGGUCUGGAGUGUUGGAUCAUUCUCAGGAUAAGAUAUUUGACGAGGAUUACAAUCGUGGAUUGAUAAACCAACUUAUAAAUUCUAUUAUCCCUCGUAAAAUAUUAAAACUCGAACAGACAUAUUCUCGUCUGACAAUCCCUCAACUUCUUCAGAAACUCUCAUUUGACUCUGAGGAUCAAUUACUUUCUAUCCUCGAUCAAAUGAUCCAAUCAAAUUCACUCCAAGCUCAAAUAUCUCAUUCUUCCAAAUCCAUAACAUUCCUUCCUCCCCCUCUCCCUUCACCAAAGCAACUCUUACAAACCGCUCAAAUGUCUUCUUACCUCAGUACAGAACUCAAUAACAUAAAUUCGGAAUUAGGUAUCCGACCGGAUUACUUGAAGAGGAUAGUAAAGGAAUUGGAAAAAGGUAAACAUGUCGAAAAUGUUAUAGCUCCUUUGGGAUUAAGAGGGGUAGGUAAUAACAUGUCUGAUAUAGGAUUUUGA